AUGGCGACUACAGCGAUAGAGGUCCGUCUCCUCGAGCGCGAAGCGUUCACCAUCUUGCCCGACCUACAGCAACACCAACGGCAGCAGCAAAACCAACCUGCCACGGAAACCUCGGCACAGACAAUUGAGCCUCUCAACAUCGAAUCUACCGUAGACAUAGAGCCAAUCUACCCAACAGGCACCAAAUUUUGGCUCACAAUCAUUGCACUAUGCAUCGUCCUUAUCCUCGGAGGCCUAGACGUCAACAUUGUCGCUACAGCCGUGCCGAGCAUCACUAACCACUUCCAUACUGUCGCCGACGUGGGAUGGUACUCAUCUGCAUUUCGACUUUGCACGUGCGCGUUUCAAUUCGGUUUCGCCAAGCUGUAUAAGCUCUUCUCAAUCAAAACCAUCUUCUUAAUAAGCAUCGUUAUAUACCUCAUAGGCUCUUUACUCUGUGCCACGGCUGCUUCAUCGAUCAUGUUCAUUGUAGGGCGAGCAGUGACAGGUCUAGGGUUCUCGGGUGAGAUGGCUGGGUGUUUUGCGGUCCUCGUGCACAUUCUACCGCUUAACAAGCGACCGGUGUUUGCGGGUUUGAUGGCGUGUGUGGAAUCGCUUGCCAUCAUUUCAGCGCCUAUAGUAGGCGGUGCAUUGACGCAGUCUUUGGGGUGGAGAUGGUGUUUCUGGAUCAACCUUCCUAUUGGCGGCUUAUCGCUGCUGGCUAUGUUUUUCCUCUUUUCAGACCCAAGAACCCGUCAAGAGGACGACAUGACACUAUCUCAGAAAAUCAAAGAGCUGGACCUCGUCAGUAACUGCUUGUUCAUCCCAUCCCUCACGGCCCUCUUCAUCGCGUUAUCUUGGGCGGGAACAAAGUAUCCUUGGUCAGAUGAGAAAGUAAUUGCAUUAUUCGUUGUAUUUGGUGUGCUACUUGCCGCUUUCGUCUUCAAUCAAUAUCGGCGCGGAGACUCGGCAGCACUCCCUUUCCGCAUUAUCAAAAGCCGAAGUGUUAUUGCGGGCUUCAUCUUCACCACUUGUACCAAUUCGAUGACGAACGUUUUGGAGUGGUACUUACCAACAUACUAUCAAGUCGUUCGAUCUCGGGUAAAACUUAGUGGCCAAUUCACCCCAAAUGUCAACCUUGGCAUCGGGGUCAUAUUGUUUGGGCAAAGUAUGGGACCGGCGGUGUUUAUCGCUAUUGCGCAGGUUAUAUUCACGAAUCAGUUGUCGUCAACUUUGGAAGACGUUGUCCCAGGGUUGAGUCCUAAGUUUGUUGAAGAGCAUGGACUGGGCGAUAUAAAGAAUGGGGUUCCUAUGGACCGGUGGGAUGAGGUCUUGGGUGGUAUCAAUGGGAGCUUGACUCAUACUUGGUACCUUCCUGUCGCGUUGGCUUGCAUGACGAUGGUGGGUAGUCUUUUGAUGGAAUGGCGCUCGGUUAAGCAGAAGCAGUCGUGA